AUGUCCUACGAUGCGUACUACGUCUCCGACAAACCCACGGAGCGCGCGCGAUGGACGCCUCUCACACGGAUGCUCCUAUCCGGCGAGAUGACCCAGGAACAACAAAAGGAGCUUUCACCACAGCAAAAGUUCGGUCGGUGGAUGAUCAACGAGGGAUAUCGCCGGUUCUUCGUUUUUGUGUUCAGUCUCGCGCAUGCGCUCAUCUUUGCGUUUGGCUGCGUACACUACUCCAUGAAGGAGAGUCUGCGAUCCUCACAGCGAGACAUAGGCUUCACCUUUGUGGCGGCGAGAGCGGCGGCCCUCGUGCUACACGUGGACGUUGCCAUCAUACUGCUGCCCGUGUGCCGCACGCUCAUCUCGCUGCUGCGAAGGACGCCGCUGAACGGCAUCAUCCAGUUUGACAAGAACAUCACCUUCCACAAGGUCACGGCGUGGAGCAUCUUCUUCUUCUCGUGGCUGCACACGAUUGCCCACUGGGUCAACUUUGGCAAGAUCGCCGCCAAGAACGGACUAGGAUUCUACGGUUUUCUCCUGGCCAACUUUGCCUCGGGCCCGGGAUGGACGGGCUAUGUCAUGCUCAUUGCGCUCACAGGCAUGGUGGCCACGUCCAUUGAGAAGACACGGAGGGCCAACUUUGAGCGUUUCUGGUACACGCACCACAUGUUCAUCGUCUUCUUCCUGUUCUGGGCGAUCCACGGUGCCUUCUGCAUGAUCCAGCCGGACGUGGCCCCCUUUUGCACCAGCCUGGGCGCUUCGGCGAUUGGCGUCUUUUGGCAGUACUGGAUGUACGGAGGCUUCAUCUACCUGGCGGAGCGCGUGGCGCGCGAGGUCCGUGGACGACACAAGACGUACAUCUCCAAGGUCGUCCAGCACCCGAGCAACGUGUGCGAGAUCCAGAUCAAGAAGGAGAACACCAAGACGAGGGCGGGCCAGUACAUCUUCCUGUGCUGCCCGGCGGUGUCGCUCUGGCAGUACCACCCCUUUACGCUCACGAGUGCGCCGGAGGAGGACUACAUCUCCAUCCACAUGAGGUGCGUGGGUGACUUCACCAAGGAGCUGGGCAAGACGCUCGGUUGCGACUGGGACAAGAAGGCCGAGACGAGCAAAGUUGUUGGUGUGAGCGGCAAGGACAACAGCAACGGUAACAACAGCAACAACAUGGACCCGACGCUGCGACGCGCGCUGCCCCGAGUCUACGUCGACGGUCCGUUUGGCUCGGCGUCAGAGGAUGUCUUCAAGUACGACGUGUCCAUCCUCGUGGGCGCGGGCAUUGGCGUGACGCCGUUCGCCUCGAUCCUCAAGUCCAUUUGGUACCGGAUGAACUACCCCAAGAAGAGGACGCGCCUCAGCAAGGUGUACUUUUUCUGGAUCUGCCGCGACUUUGGCUCCUUUGAGUGGUUCCGCUCGCUGCUGCUGGCCGUCGAGGCCCAGGACCUGGACAACCGGAUCGAGAUUCACACCUACCUCACGGCCAAGAUCAAGGCGGACGACGCGACCAACAUUAUGAUCAACGACGCCAACGCCGACAAGGACACCAUCACCGGCCUGCGCAGCCCGACCAACUUUGGCCGGCCCAACUGGGACAUGAUCUUUCGCGGCAUCCGGAAACUCCACGCGCCCACGGACGCGGGUGUCUUCUUCUGCGGGCCCAAGGGGCUGGGGAGCGCGUUGCACGUGUACUGCAACAAGUACACCGAGCCUGGGUUCUCGUUUGUGUGGGGGAAGGAGAAUUUCUAG